UGGGACGCGCAGAGGAGACGAUCAGAUCGGCGUCUCCGUCGUCAGUCUUAGUUUGACACUUGAUCACAAUGAAAGGAUGAAAGACGUCUCUCGGCGCAGCCCGAGUCUGCCGGAGCGGGGCGCUCGCGAAAGGGCUUCAGUCCUAACGCCACCGCGGACUGGGUGGAUGAAACAGCAGCCGCGGGGAGCAUCGAUGCGACGCGAUCACGGGGAGCCGACUGGGGCUCAGCCCAGCGACAACGGUGCGGCCGACGCGGAGAAGCGCGUGGCUGUCCGGCCGAGUGUGGCGCGGAGGCUCGCUCACCAGGUGGUGUCCGUGUUGUCGUCGCGGACCUGGUUGUAGGCGUCUCUGCAGGCUUCCUUGUCGAUCUGAGUCAUCUUCGCGGGCACGAGUCACGGGGUCCACAGGCGCUUGAGUUGGGUCGGAAGCGACGAUGUUCCGUCCACAAUCACCAGCUCCGAGCAGGAAGUGACAAGGGGCUCGCACUUCCAGCAGCCGAGUGCAUUUCCUGGAUGCCAGACUCGGGGCGGUGCUGACGGUUCCGUCGCGUCCAGCUGAGACACAAAAGUCCCGCAGACGUGAUUCUGCUCCUCACCGAGACGGAGGGUCAAGCUGCGCGUGCCGCGGUGCUGCUUCCGGUCCAGACUGCCAGAAUAAAGGUAAAGUCAAAGGACACGUUUAAACCAAGCGUCCCGGCGAGGCGGGAGCGAGCCAGCAGCGUGGCUGGGACUCUGUGGGACUCCUCCUGUGGGUCAGCUCUCAGCGAAACACACAAAAAUCACCGGACAGCAGCGAAAACAGCGACCUGCUGCAGCAGCCGAGUCGCCGCUCCUGUCCGGAGUCGCCCGGGCGUCUUUUAUUCUGAAGGAGAGGACGUACGUUUCCGGUUGUGAAGUGCUGACUGUCGUCCACUGACGACGUUAAUCUUCUCAAAAUUAAAGACCGUGUUUCACAACUUACUUUGUCACAUUGAAAGUGGAACUCAAAACUUCCCUGCCGCUGAGCAAGGCGUGGCCGUGAGCGCGAGCACCGUGUGUCGUCAACGUGAAUCAACUAGGAAAAGCACAGCGCUCGGCCUCAGGUCACGUGAUCGGCCCGACCGUCGUCGUCGUUAUCGUUUCUCAGUUGGCGGGGAAAAGGCGCUCGGUUGAAGCACGAGACUGAAGGUGAACAACACUGAGUUCCGCAGCUGGAGGAAACACGUUUUCAUCACAGUAAAGUAUCGCUGAUGAGGUGACGUCAUCGUGAGACGGCAGAACUAGCGAGCGCUCGGCUCUGACGUCAUGGCCGGCAGGUUUCCGGCCUGUGGACAAACAAACCUUUAUUUGUGUGGAAACAUCGAUCACAUCACCGAGCUCGCGCUGUCACCUUCUGUAUCCGGCGUGUCCGGGCGCCCUUCAAAAUAAGACGCAGGCGAUGACGCUCCGCUGGUUCCUCGCGCGCUCGCGGUUUCAUCGACAUAAACGAUGAAGUGAGCGACAGCAGAGAACGGAGCCCGUGGCGUCACUGGCCGCGUGUACGUAGCGACGCCGACGGUUCAGCAAAUCUCGGAAGCUUUUACUUGGAAGCUUCACAUCGGGGUCCCGGCGUGGCUGCGCCCACGUGACCAGCGCAGCAUCCGCUUCUGGCUUCCCUAAAAUGUUCCUGUGGACCUGUUCGCUCCCGGAGCCGCGAGGAAGUUUGUAACUCCGUACCGUGCGCAGGUGUGUUGGAAACUGAGCCGACGAGCUUCCUGUUUUACUUCAAACGCCGCUUUUGGACCGAACCGAACCGAACCUGUGUUCCCGUGUACGCUGAACCGAACCGGACUGAAGCGCGUGCUUGUGUUUUGGACGAGUCUCGAUUGCCUCAGCUCCCGAUUGGCCGGCAGUGGUCACCUGAUGGUUGCUCGGCCGCAGCUCGCUGACCUCUGACCUGGAGAGAAGCUAUGGAGCAGCCCAGAGUGUGUCGCCCCGACACCAUCGGCCGCUCGUCCAAGCCCAGUGUUCCUGCAGGUCCUCCACUGGCAGGAGCAGGCCUCCGAGGUGCUGCGGGGUCUGGACCAGCAGCGGCAGGGCGGCCACUUCUGUGACGUGGCCUUGGUGGCUGAGGGCCGGCGAGUCUCGGCCCACCGGGUCCUGCUGUCCUCCUGCAGCCCGUAUUUCCGCGCCAUGUUCAGCCUGAGCAUGAGGGAGCAGCAGCAGGCCGAGAUCCAGCUGGUCGGGGUCUCCUCGCUGGGUCUGCAGGCCGUGGUCGACUUCUUCUACAGCGGCCAGCUGCUGCUGGACGGAGGCAACAUCGACCUGGUUCUCCAAGCCGCUCACCUGCUGCAGGUGUGGCCGGCGGUGGAGCUGUGCUGCCAGUACCUGGAGCAGGAGCUGAGCGAGGAGAACCUGCUGUACCUGCAGCAGCUGGCUCUCUUCUACAGCCUGGAGCGCCUGGACCGCUUCAUCGACCGCUUCAUCCUCUCGCGCUUCGCCUCGCUCUCCUUCAGCCCCACCUUCCUGCGUGACCUGCCGGCCCAGAAGCUGGGCCUCUACCUGUCCAGCGGCCAGGUGCAGCAUGCCAGCGAGCAGGCGCUGCUCCACAGCGCCCUCCAGUGGCUCAGCUGCUCGCCUGAGCGCCUGCCUCACGCCCGCAGCCUGCUCGCUCAGAUCCGGCUGCCUCUGGUGCCGCCGGCUGAGCUGCUGGGUCGGGUUCUGCCGGCGCUGAGGACUGUCCUGCCACAGGAGGGCGCCGCCGAGUCCGUGCUGGCGGAGGCCGUCCAUUACCACGGGAACCCCAGCCAGCAGCCGCUGCUGCAGAGCCUGCGCACGGCGGUGAGAGGGGGGGAGGAGCGCCUCCUGCUGGUGGGAGGAGAGGUGUCUGAGCGCGGCGAGGAGCUGAGUGCCGACGUCUGCUGUCUGGACGAGGAGGCGGGCCGCUGGCUUCCCGAGACGCAGGUGCCCUGUCACCGGAGCCACCUCUGCGUGGCGGUUCUGGGCGGCUUCGUCUUCACCGUGGGGGGAAGCCUGUCGGUGGACCACGGCGGCGACUCGGCCACCAACCUGGUGUAUCGAUACGACCCUCGGCACGGCGAGUGGACCAAGUGUUGCCCCAUGAACCAGCGGCGGGCGGACUUCUUCCUGGGCGCCCUGAGCGACGGACUGAUGGCGGUGGGGGGGCGGAACAAGAGCGGCGCUCUGUCCUCGGUGGAGCGCUACAGUCCGGCCUCCGACAGCUGGUCCUACGUGAGCGGCCUGCCCAGGUCGACCUACAGUCACGCCGGCACGGUCCACCAGGGGCUGCUCUACGUCUCGGGCGGGCACGACGUGCAGAUCGGAGAGUACCGUAAGGACUUCCUGAGCUACGAGCCGUCGGCCCGGUCCUGGCUGGAGCGGCCCGCCAUGCUGGAGGCCCGGGGCUGGCACUGCAUGGCCUCGCACGGCCAGAGGAUCUACGUUUUCGGGGGCAGCGACGACGACACGGCCACCACCGACCGCUUCGACCUGCUGCACGCCGAGUCCUUCGACACCGGCGGCAGUCAGUGGACCCGCUUGGCGCCCCUGCUGCUGCCCAACAGCGAGGCGGGUCAGGCGGUGUGGGGGGGCAAGAUCUUCGUGCUGGGGGGCUACAGCUGGGAGACCAUGACCUUCUCCAGCGCCACCCAGGUCUUCGACCCGGAACAGGGCUCCUGGUCUCGAGGGCCGGACCUGCCCAAGCCUGUGGCGGGGGCUUGUGCCUGCGUGUGCGCCCUGAGGCCGGCGGCGCCCGCUGGCCAGGAACAGACGGAGCCACAGUGAAGAGAGGAGCAGAGCGCUGCAGGCUUUUACUGUUCCGAACUCAACUUUGACUUUUCAAAUGUUAUUUUUCUGAAGGUGGUUCUGGGCUCCAGUCCUGUGCAGCAGCAGAGGAUCUUCAGUGUGGUGCAGAAGAUUAAAGUUUUUUACUCUUUUCUUGUGGAGUCUGGUCUGAUGAUGAUGGUGAGGAGGAGCUGAUGAUGAGGAGGAGGAAGAGAUUGAGCCGAUGAUGAUGAUGAAGAUGAGGCUGCGCAGGAGGCCUCAGCGGCUUCAGUGGAAGGGGUAGUAGGGGUGAGACUGGGUCCUGUGGAGGGAAGUGGUCACGUGAGGCUCGGAGCCUCUCCGUCACGGCGCAGAGGACGCUGCCACUCACUCGGGCAGCGUGAAGGCCCUCCAGCCUCGGUCCAGGCUCCGCAGCGCCCCCAUGUCCUCCUCCGUCAGCCUGAAGUCAAAGACCUGCGACACACGGCCGGUCAGGUCCUGCUGGAGCUGGAGCUCCGGGCGGGAAGCGGCUCCUACCUUGGUGUUUUCCAGGAUGUGGUGGGACUUGUCGCUCUUGGGGAUGACGGCGAUCUUCUGCUGCACCUGGAACCUCAGCAGCACCUGCCGACAGUCACACGGUGAGGCCACCGCACUGCUCUUCAGCGAACAAGCCAAGCUACCAGGGCUGGAGAACGGCGGUGUCUCCGGGCCAUGUCCACCACCACCGGCUCCUCCAGGAGUCCCUUGGGGUCCGUGUCACCUCUGAUCCUGAAGCAGCGGAG